UUUGAUCAGUUCUGUAAUGUUGAAUUAUCUAGGUGUAAAAUUUUUCACAAAGGUUGUCGAUUUUCAAAAUAAACGCCUCAAGGCGUAGUUUUUAAGUUCCUGGUGUAAUUAUCUAUGAAUUUGCCACUUCUACUACUACAAGAUGUAAACAAAUCUCUUUUUCAUAGCAGAAAUGAAAACAGGACAGACAAAACAACUGGUGAUGGUAUUUUGUUCACGAAAAGACCAGCGGGUAGUAACAUGUACUUAUAUCGGUAACGCCUGGUGCCACGUCAGUGAUAAAGAAUUAAACUAUAUUUCACCUCUAAAACCUAACAAUUACAAUGGCUUGCUACUAAGCGUGAUCAAGUUGUCUGAAAACUUUAAUUCUGUUUUAACAUGAAAGUGGCUCCUUGGAAAUGCCACACCAGACUCGUUCUAAUAUGUUUAUUUGUGGCAGCCCAAACCGGAAUUUGCCAAGCGGCUUUCAAGAAAGACAAAACAACUAAAGUGACAGGUAAAAGACACCAUGAUCACGGAACCGAAUUUAAAAAGGAAAAGCGUUUUAUGAACGAUGGCGUCCCAAAAGGGAGAGUGGUAUACUCAUUUGCAACGGACAGAAACCGUUAUUUACCAAGGAGACCACGGUUAUAUCGAGCGUUUAUCGUUAAACGCCCCGUAACGCUUCAACAAUCGACAACAAACGCUGAAGGACGUCAAAAUAUUCCAUUCAUGGAGGUUGAACCAAAUUACCAUCAACAGCUUGUAAGGGUUCAUCCCAUUGAGCAGCCAAUUUACUUCUACCAGGAGACGCCUGAUGAGCAAGAAUUAACGGAAUUCGAGGAACCACUAAACGACCUGUUUUCGAUGUUCCAUGUGCAUAUCGACAGCUGUCGUCACAACCCGUGUCAUAAUGGUGGUAGGUGUACAAGACUCAGACAUGGACGAUUCAGAUGCAUAUGUCAUCGAGGAUACAGUGGUAGAUUGUGCACUGUUUUACGAACUAGAUGCAAACCAAACCCUUGUAUGAAUGGAGGGAGCUGUACUGACUUAAAUGGAGGCUUCGAUUGUACUUGUUCAUUUGGUUACAAAGGAAAAACGUGUGACCAGCAGGCCAUGUGCAAAACUAAUCCAUGCAAAAAUGGAGGCUCGUGUACAGAGCUGGACUCUGGCUUCCAGUGCAGUUGUUUACCUGGGUAUCGUGGCAAGAGAUGUCAAGAAACAAGUUAUUGCUACACAACUCCCUGCAAAAAUGGAGGCACGUGCACAGAAACGGACACGGGUUUUGAAUGCAUCUGUCCAUCACAGUGGAACUGCAUAGACUGUAGUUGUAGUGCCGCAAUAAAACAUUCCCUGGAUAAUUGUUCUCCAAAUCCCUGUCGGAAUGGAGGCAGCUGCUUUUCAACUCGCGAUGGUUUUAAAUGUCUCUGCAGACAAGGAUACAAAGGAGAAGCUUGUGAAAUGGUUGAAUUUUGUAAAGCUGAGCCAUGUCUUAAUGGUGGAACUUGCAAAGAAACACCUUUAGGGUACAGCUGCCUUUGUAGAAGUCGAUUUCGAGGCAAAAACUGUGAUGUGGAGAAUCACUGCCGACCCGCUAACCCGUGUAAAAAUGGCGGCUUGUGUGUUGAAAUGGACGAUGGGUAUAAAUGCAGAUGCAAAGGUGGAUAUAAAGGAGUCGAUUGCGAAGAAAAGGAAUACUGCACUCCAAACCCCUGCAAAAACAGUGGAAUCUGCACCCUUCAGCAAGAAGGAUAUAUGUGCUCAUGUCAGCCUGGCUACAGAGGAGAAAUAUGCCAAAUUCAGGAUUUGUGUGUGUCCAAUCCAUGUCUGCAUGAUGGAACAUGUUUUGGAAUGGAUAACAACACAUUUAAAUGUCUUUGCAUGGGGGGCUGGAAAGGAGAACGUUGCCAUGAAAAAGACUUGUGUGUUCCCAACCCGUGCAAGAACGAAGGUCACUGUGAACCUCUUGGAUUCUCUUUCCAAUGCCACUGCGCAGUGGGCUACAAAGGAACACACUGCGAAGCUAAGGAUCCUUGUAGCCCUAAUCCAUGUCACCAUGAUGGCCGGUGUGUCAGCCAUGGCGAGGCUGACUUUGAAUGUGGUUGUACUCGAGGAUACAUCGGAUUCAAGUGCGAAAGAGCAGACCCGUGUUAUCCCAAUCCCUGCACAUAUGGAGGAACAUGUGAGCGAACAAAGGACAGCUUCACUUGUAACUGCCCCCCUGGGAGGGUGGGUGAAUUGUGUGAGGAAAUCGAUCCGUGCUUACCAAACCCCUGUCAGAAUGAAGGAGCUUGUUAUGGACUCAGCCAUGGCGACUACAAAUGUACUUGUACCAAGGCUUUUGUUGGCGCACUCUGUUCAAUUCCAGAUCCCUGCAUACCAAGCCCAUGCUUACACAAUGGAACUUGUCUGAAUACUGGCGACACAUUUCAGUGCCAUUGUCCAUCAACAUUUUCUGGAAAGCGAUGCGAACUUCAGUCCAAAUGCACUCCAAACCCUUGUCUUAAUGACGGCACGUGUCGUGACGUAGAUGUUGGUCGUGGUUACGUAUGUUACUGUUCUAUUGCACACUUGGGACCAAACUGUGAAAAAACCAACUUGUGCUUUCGUCACAACCCUUGUCAAAAUGGUGGCACGUGUAAAACUGAUGGAAACAACAUAGCUUGUCAGUGUGCACCGGGAUACUUAGGAUCACACUGUGAACAGUUAAAUUUUUGCCAUUCAUCACCUUGCAAAAACGAAGGAACAUGCACUCCGAAGACAGAUGGCUUUGAAUGUGAUUGCAAACAAGGAUAUUUUGGGAAAACAUGUGAAGCUUUGAGUAGUCACUGCUUUCCAAACCCUUGUAAAAAUGACGGCUUGUGUGCUGAAGUGCAAAACCACGAUGGUUACAUCUGUGUGUGUAAGGAAGGAUUUGUUGGAGCACAUUGUGAAAGAAAGGACAUGUGCAUGCCCAAUCCCUGUCAACACGAUGGCACGUGCUUACAGGCUCAUAAUAAUCGUGGAUACCACUGCCUCUGUCAUGCCGGUUGGCGCGGAUAUGCCUGUGAACGAACUGAUCUUUGCUAUCCCACAAGUCCUUGCCUCAAUGGAGGAACAUGUUUCAAUGCAUUGGACACGUUUAUUUGUCACUGUCCGCUGCGAUACUCGGGAAAACAUUGUGGAAAUGACAAGUGCAAGCGUUGUGACAUCAACGCAAACUGCGUAAACGGAACGUGUGAAUGCAACCACGGAUUUGUUGGGAAUGGUUUUACGUGUACACUCGUUGGAGAUCCGUGCCAACCCAACCCAUGUGAAAAUGGCGGGAGGUGUAAUCCGGGACAUGGUGAAAAAUUAUUUGAGUGUGUCUGCCGUGAAGGAUUUACUGGGGGUAAAUGUGAAGUGUCUAAGAGUGCCUGUAUGUCAAAUCCGUGUGUAAAUGGGGGAACGUGUGUAGAUGUGACAAACAAUGAUGGCUCCCUAUUGGAGGGCGUGAUAUUCACAAACCAUUCUCAAUACAAGUGUGUUUGUCCCAAGGGCUACGCAGGAAACACCUGUCAAAAACUGGUGAUGACAAAUCCGUGUUCCACUCACCCCUGUUUCAGCAAUGGCACGUGUUUUGACGAUGCAAACAGCGCUGGCAUGAAUCUAAAGCUGAUCAACGCUCUUGAUUUCCGUUGCUUCUGUCCGAUUGGAUACAGUGGGAUUGUCUGCGAAAUUCCCCGAUCAGCAUGUCAUUCAAGCCCAUGCCUUCACGGAGGAACAUGUCUUGACUCUUCUAAUACUGCAGAUGUAGCGUUCAACGCUAAUGGUUACAAAUGCCUCUGUUUUGAAGGUUUCGUUGGAAUGAACUGUGAAGCUAGUUCAUCUUCUUCAAUUAAGACUCCUCUGAUCACAGAAGUUUCCUUACAGGGAACAUCCAAACCGCUAACCGUACAUUUCUACAAACCAACAGUUGAUGUGGUAGACGUGAACGCAUCACCCGGCGGCGGACCAAGAGCUGUACCUCUUGUUAUAACUCCACAAGUGCCAAAGGAAUCCGUACUGGUGGGAGCUGCAGCAGAACUACCGAAAACGACCCUUCCUGCGGCGGUUCCAUCGAAUCCCAAUGUUGGUCUCACAGCGCAGGUUGAAAAGUCACAUCAGAACCAAGUUGGUGUUAUUGUAAUUCCACAAUCACCGCAACCACUUACAAGGACAAGCACUGGAAGUCAACCUCCUCCCCGACCUCCCAUAAUCCACGCUAACGGUCCUUCCAGUUCCCUAGGCAGUAAUUCCCCUAUAGCAUCAACUCCAAGUUCACUUGGUUAUGUCAUACCGGCGUCUCCACCCUCAUUACCAUAUGUGGCUUUCCCAAACUUAGAAGCAGCACACUCCAAUGCUGCUAUUUCUUAUGCAGCUCCAGGAGCCAAGCCAAUGCCCGCUCAAUCACCAUCAGCUAGCCUGAUUUCUUCACCUCCAGUGAUACCAUCCCUGUUUACGGGGGUAGCGGCGUCUCCAGCCAUCACCCAGGCACCGGCCAUUGUCAUGCCUCCAGGGCUGAGGCCACCACCAGGAAACGGACGUCUCACUCUGGGUCUGCCUGGAGGCGUUCCCCGUCUUGGAACACCAACACGGCAACAUAUUCAGUAUCGGAGACCAACUACUUAUCAACCCGGUUAUGCUGGAUAUUAUGGUUAUAAGAAUAGCAGAAGAUACCAGAGGCAUAAUCCGGUAAGCUACGGAAACUCGCGGUAUCCUUACCUCCAGAAACAGUGGUAUUCGAAGCGCUAUUACCCUGCGAGUAGUCAUCCAAGAAGAAGAAACGCUUCUACAAACACGUUUCAACGAAGAUACAGGCAAACAGAAAAUAAAAGACGUAUCAAUCGAGACGCAGAUGGCAAGGGCGCAAAAGUUACUUCAAGGAACGGCGUCAGCGGGAGUACAAAAGUUACGUCAAGAUACAAGGUCGUCAGAAGGCACAUCAGAAGAUCUGAAUGAAUAAGAACUGGUCUUGCCUCUUUUUGUGUAUACAUUUUAGUUUUCUCGACUUUUAAGCCUAUUAGAGAGCUAUAGACUCAUAAGCUCCUAGGCGUAGAUAAAAAUAACGAAAAUGCUAACUUGCCGCCUGCUUGGUUCUAAAUUGAUCAUUUUAAUAAACCAGGCCAAACACCUACGAGUUUUAUUUAAAACCAAAAUUUGAAAAAAAGACCCAGACAUCUGGCAGGAUGUCCAAGUGUUACGACCCACGAAAAUAUAUGGUGGUAAAUACAUUAUACAUAAAUACAUACAUUCAUUAUACUUGUUUGAAGUUUAAUAUUAAGUUAUUAGAAUCUUUUCAUUCUCUUAGCCACCUUGUUAAACAAUAUGGUGCUCUUCUGGUUCAGAUGUAAUGCUCACUGAAAACCAGUGACUGGUUCUCUUUCAAAAUACAGAAAAUAAUCAAUGCGAAGCCAAAAGCUGUUUUUCAUUAGUCAUACUAGUGAUAUAUUAUGGUUGAUUUUUGAGACCAAACGUUAACAUCACGUUUCAGUGGUUAAAGGGAGAGUGUAAUUUUGUAUAUUUUCAGCAUAAAACAAAUGAAUAUCCACUAUAGCUCUGUCCUCAUUUAAUUUCAAGGUUUCCGACAAAAGAUCAAAUUCCAUUCCUUUUUAGUUAAUCGUUUCUUUACCGUCAGUUUUAUAUCCAGUUUUUGAACGCAGACCAAAAGAAAACGAUUCACAGUUUUCCACGGAAUGCGUGAGUUUACCGUUGACUUCGUUUGCCGUUAUACUUGGGAUUAUUUAAACAUCGAGCAAAGCAUCGAAAAAGUACACACGUCAGCAAUAAAUAUUAAACGAGAAGGUCACUCCGAAAAGCUCACUUUUUUUGUCUUCGCCUAUAGCAAGUUGACAUUCAUCUUUUCCACUUACCGAUGUUUUAGCCUCUGAAGUGCAAGCUAUCCUGCAGAAAUUCGUCUCAAAAGAAGCGGCUUCGGAGGCCGCCAUUUUGAAACUGUCUUGGCAACCAGGCCGUGUUUAUGUGACGUCAUU